UUAAUUUGGACCCAUGUGGUAAAUUUAUAUAUAUAUUUGCAGUUCUAACAAAUUGGACAAUGUGGUUCUCUUUUUCAUCACAUAUUCCACCCACACUAACCAAACCAUGAACCGUAACCAUCACAAACCAAUCCUACUUACAUUCUUCACUCUUCUUCUCCAACUUCCAAACCUUAUCAAUGCAUCACCAUCCCCACCCAUAACGGCUCUUUACGCCUUCGGCGACUCUACGGUGGAUUCCGGCAACAACAACUACAUCCCCACUCUUUUUCAAAGCACUCCACCCUACGGCAGAUCUUUCCCGGAUAAACUCUCCACCGGAAGAUUCUCAGAUGGAAAACUCGCCACCGACUUUAUAGCCUCUUCUCUAGGUCUCAAACCCACUUUACCAGCUUACCUCAACCCCUCGGUCAAACCGGCUGACCUUUUGACCGGUGUUAGCUUUGCUUCGGCUGGAGGUGGUCUAGAUGAUCGGACUGCAAUGAUGUCGUUGACUUUGACCAUGGACAAUCAAUGGAGUUACUUUGAGGAGGCUGUACGUAAGAUGAAGAGUGUGGUUGGAGAUUCGGAGACUAAUCGGGUGAUUAAGAAUGCUUUGUUUGUGAUUAGUGCUGGGACUAAUGAUAUGAUCUAUAAUGUUUAUGAUCAUGUUCUUGGGAGCUUUAUUUCCGUUUCGGACUAUCAAGAUUAUCUACUCAGCAAAGUCGAAGCGUUUAUCCAGAGACUACACGACGCGGGAGCACGAAGGAUUGCAGUAGCUGGACUACCACCAAUUGGAUGCCUUCCCGUGCAAGUAACACUUGGUACCGUCACUAUCCCUCGCAUUCUCCAUCAUCGGAUAUGCACGGAAAAUCAAAACGCUGAUUCUCAGCUCUACAAUCAAAAGCUACGGAAGCUAAACUACCGUCUCAGUCAGAGGCUUCCAGGCUCGAAAAUUCUUUACCUUGACAUCUACACUCCAUUAAUAGACAUGAUCAGACAUCCUCCCAGAUAUGGAUUGGAAGAAACAUUGAAAGGGUGUUGCGGGACGGGGCUGCUUGAGGCAGGACCUCUAUGCAAGCCAUUGUCUCGGACUUGUGAGGAUGUUUCAAAGUACAUGUUCUUUGAUUCUGUGCAUCCAUCACAAAAGGCGUAUUCUGUCAUAGCAUCUUACGCCUUACAAAAGUUGUUCCCUCUCCUCUAAUCUAUUUAUUUUUAUCAUUUGUGGAUUUAAAUUUUAAUGUUGUAACUAAAUAUGGGCAGCAUCAAACAUUGUCUCCACAUCAUUCUUAUUCAGCUAAGUGUCAAAUUGAUGUAACCUUUAUUUUGGUAAAAUAUUAUGGUUACGCCACAA